AGAAGAAAAAACUCCCAAAACCCUGACCCUGACCGGAAUUGAACUCCAAUUCAAUGCUCAACACGCCACCAGACCGAAAUUUGAACAUGAAAAUGUCAGUGUGUUCCAUCCGUGAGUAAAGAAUGGCCCUCUCUAGGCUGUCGUGAACAUCAUGAACGUUCGGCACUCAAUAAAAAUAAACAUAUGAAACAGUGUUCACAAUAAUUACAAAUUUCCUUCAAUAAAUAAUCAAAUAACCCUCCGAUCUAUUUGCAAGGAGCUAAUCCCCAUUCGUCUCUAUGUUGACAUCGACUAAUGGGUUAGUCGUCCAGACAAUUAACCAUUGUCAUCCGUGAGAUAACCCUCGCAUUGUUACCAGUCAUUAAAUCAGUGUAAAUAAUGUUGAGACAAGCACUGAAGAAGUUAUUUGGCUACGAUGAUUUUAAAAGUGAUAUUCAGGCACGAGCUGUUGCAGCCAUCCACAAUGGGAAACAGGACGUUUACGUGUGCAUGCCAACCGGUGGUGGAAAGUCGUUGUGUUUUCAAUUACCAGCUGCUCUCAGAGAAAAUUCAGUGGCUCUUGUUAUUUCUCCACUUCUGGCACUUGUCAAAAAUCAAGUUGACUUUCUGAAUGACAAGGGCAUCAAGGCUCAUGCAUUGAAUUCAAAAACACUCGUGAAGGAGAGAAAUGCAAUUGUCAGGGACUUGGGGUUCAAGAAACCGUCGACUAAGCUGCUUUAUGUCACACCUGAGAUGUGUACCCAACAGCAUUUUCAGGACUUAUUGACAAAAAUGCACAGGAGUAAAGCACUUUCUUAUAUCGUUGUGGACGAGGCCCAUUGUCUGAGCCAAUGGGGACACGAUUUCAGGCCCAGUUAUCGGAAGCUGGGGGUCUUGAGAGAGAUACUACCAGGGGUACCUGUUGUCGCAUUGACAGCAACUGCCGCAAAAGAGGUAGUGGACGACAUUUUCAAAAUUCUGAAAAUGAACCCGAUAACAUUCUCCUCUCCAGUAUUCCGGGAGAACCUCUACUACGACGUGUGGUUUACCGACAUUCUCCCUGACCCCCUAGAACACCUAAAAAAAUUCAUAAUUCAAUCCCUCGGUUCCAAAGAAAACAAGAACUGUGGGAUCAUCUACUGCAGGAAGAAGGAAGCUACUGAAUACCUGGCGACAAAACUCACCGAGGCUGGCAUAACGACCCUAGCUUAUCACGGCAGUCUCAACAGUAAAUGUCGAUCUGAGGCUCAAGAUAGGUGGACAUCGGGCGAUGUGCCAGUGAUUGCAGCAACCUGCAGCUUUGGAAUGGGGGUGGACAAAGGAUCAGUUAGAUUCGUGGCCCAUUGGACGGUCCCUCAGAGUGUAGCUGCUUACUAUCAAGAGUCUGGUAGAGCCGGGAGAGACGGAAAGCCCGCAUCAUGUAGAAUUUAUUUCAGUAACGAGGAGUACAGAGCCAUUGAUUUUCUAAUAAAAACUGUUGAGCCAGGGCAAACAAUGGAAAUUGCUAAACAGAAGAAUAAAAAUUUUGAAAAAAUGGUUGCAUAUUGUAUCGAGUCUAAGUGUCGGCACAGUAUAUUCUCAAAAUACUUUGGCGAUAGUCCACCUGUUUGCAAAGAUCGUUGUGAUGCUUGUAAAGAUGAGCAAUCGUUAAAAGAUCGAAUAGAGAGAUUUGAAACGAGUCAGUCCCAGAAAUUCCAGAAGUCCCGAUCAGUUUUAGAGGGGAUUUCCAUGCCAAAAUACGAUUACCAGUAUGAAGAGGAGCAAGGAGGAGGUAUGUCCAGGGAGCAGCUCAUGGCCAUCGAGAAAAAAGAGACUAAAGACCUGAUCGACAAGCAAUUUGCACUGAGAAGAGGGAAUACCUGUAGUGACGACCAAAUUCGAGAGCAGAAUUUAUUAGCUGCUAAAAAUGCUAAGGUCCAUGCAGCUGAGUCCACCGACAGAAAAGUCAAGGGACUCACCGUUCAGAUCAGGGAGCAUUGCUAUGGACAACUCACAGCAGCUCUUUUAAGUAAUUAUAAACUUUUCAAGGAAUUUCUUUCAGAAACAAUUCCAGAAUCUCACGUAGCAGAAAUCGCCCGAGAGCUAGAGUAUAUGACCCUUUGUAGAACAAAAUUGGCCAACAAGUAUAAGCUAGACAUCUCGCAGGUUCUCUCCAACGUAAAGACGGCCACAAAGAAUAACUUAAUGUACGAUUAUUUUCGAGAGUUGCAGGAGUCCGGAGGACAGAGAGAUUGUCUUGAUGAAUUAAGAAGUGAUGGAUCUAGUCUCACUGCUGACGAUAAUUGCAGACAUCAGGUUCAUUCUGGAUUUAAAACAGCCUCUGAAUUAAUUCUAAGUGUAAGUGAUAGAAAAGGGAUUUGUCAUCCUGGGAUGAAUGAACCCAACCAAAAUGUCAAUGAUGUUUCCAGCCACAAGAAGAAUGUUAAUUGUGGAUUCAAAAUGGCGUCUGAAUUUCUCUCAGUUACUAACAGUCCGGAGACUACUCAUAAGAGAAGAAUAUCUCAUUCUGGUAAAAAUGAGUUUAGCCAAAAGGUCAACGACAUUUCCAGGAGUAAGACGAAUGUCAAUAGCGGGUUCAAAACAGUUUCUGCUUUUAAAAAAGCUUCUGAACUCAUCCUCGACCACGAUAUUACGACUAAAAAUAGUAAUAAGUUUUCCGAGGCUGCAGAAAUCAUUAGUAAACCUGAAAACACUAAAAAGACUGAGACAAAAGGUGCCAAAACGACUGGGAGAAAUUCAAAGUCUUCGACAGAGAAAGGAAACAAUUCUAUUCUGAAAUAUCUGACGAAGGACAAGACGACUCAUGACUCAAAUCCCCUACGAUCCACUGGUACCAAGUCAGAACAAUUGCUUUCAGUGGAUCACAAUACAUGUAGCACUGACAUGUCAAACAAAGUAGAGAAACGAGCAUUUGGCAAGACCUCACACAGCCCCAGUGAUAAUCAAUCACGUAAAAAGUUUAAACCGAAUACAACGUCAGAUGAUAAGCUCAAAGGAAAAAAUAGAAUUUCUGGUGAUGAUGAAGUUAAUGAGAAGAGAAAAUUGGAAAAGGCUGUGAAAUUUGGCACUGCUGAGGUGUUGAAGAAUUAUCUUAUGAAAUAUUAUCCAUCGAAACCAAUGCCGAAUAAGGAGGGCUUCACCAGAACCUGCAAAACUAUUCAUCAGUUGAUUAUGGACAAGAGAAUCAUAGAUGAAGGAGAAAUCAAGAAAUUUGCCAAGAGCUACCUGCAGAAUAUGUAAAAUUCAAUGAAUAUCGAUAAUAAUGGAGUUCUCGAUCAGCACGAUUUCGAAUGCAUGGCCCUGAAAAUGACGCUGAUCGAGGGAAAGGGAGACUUCAAUUAUAAUCGAUAUCAGGAGAAUCUUCACAUAAUGCUCUCGCUAUGGGA